AUGGGGAAAGAUUGGGGAUUAUUUCCUCUCAAAGUUUUUUGGUUCUUGUUUGUUCUAUUUUUUCUGGUUGGAAAAACAUGUGAGGCCAGUAUUCAAAAUAGAGGCAGACUGAACAUGGGAUUUGAAGGGGCACAGAUGACUUGGAUAGACAAUGAUGGAUUGAUUCUGGUUUCCAACAAUUCAAACUUUGGCUUUGGAUUUAAAAGCACACCAAAUGAUGUCACCUUGUUCUUCCUUGUGGUGAUUCACAGGAGCAGCUCCACAAUAGUAUGGACGGCUAACAGGGGAAAUCCAGUCCAAGGUUCAGAUCUUUUGAAGUUCGAUACAUCAGGAAAUGCCUACUUGAAAAGUGGAGGUUCCACUAUUUGGUCUACAGAUACGGCUAACAAAGGAGUUGCAGCCAUGGAAUUGCUGGAUUCUGGGAAUCUGAGGAUUGUUGGGAAUGACAGCAGUGUGAUUUGGGAGAGUUUUAGCCAACCAACUGAUACCCUUUUGUCAAAUCAGGAGUUUGUUGAAGGGAGGAAACUUGUGAGCAAUCCUGACAAGAAUAACUUGACAUAUUCCUUGGAAAUCAAAUCUGGAGAUAUGGUUUUAUCUGCAGGUUUUAACCCACCCCAGCCUUAUUGGACUAUGGGAAAAGAUACCAGAAAAAUCAACAACAAAGAUGGUGGAAAUGCGGUUUCAGCCACACUGAAUGCCAAUUCUUGGAAGUUUUAUGAUAAAGACAAGUUGCUUCUCUGGCAAUUCAUUUUCUCUGACAAUACUGAUGCAAAUGCUACAUGGGUUGCAGUUGUAGGAUCUGAUGGUGUCAUCAAGUUCAGUGUUCUUCAAGCUGGAGGUUCCAAGGCUGAUUCACCAACAGAAAUACCGCAAGAUCAGUGUGGCAGUCCAGCCGCGUGCGAUAUGCCUUAUGUUUGUUACAGUGGUAAAAAGUGCCAGUGCACUCUUCCCUCUUGUAAACUAGGGAAUGUCUCUUCUUAUUGCAACUUACCUCAGGAUUCCAUGGAGCUUGUCGAUGCAGGGGAUAGUCUGAGUUAUGUUGCUAUUAAUUUCAUGUCACCGUCUUCUAAGACGGACCUAAAUGGCUGCAAGAGCCAUUGCCAAGGGAAUUGCUCUUGUGUUGCAGCAUUUUUCGAUAGUAAUUCAGGGAAUUGCUUUUUGUUUGAUCAGAUAGGAACUUUGCAGGGCUCAGGUACGGGAACUACAUAUUCUGCUUACAUUAAGGUCUCAAGCAGUGGUGGGAAUCAAGGUGAUGGUGGAAGUGGAAGCAACAAAACGCGCCUUGUGAUCGUGAUCGUUAUAGUGGUUUCGACUGUGUUUGUCAUCGCCGGGAUGGUUUAUUUAAGCUAUGGUUAUUACCAGAGGAAGAACAAGGAAUUCCCUGAAUCUCCUAAAGAGACUUCAGAAGAGGAAAAUUUCCUGGAGGCGUUAUCAGGGAUGCCAGUUCGUUUCAGCUACAACGAUCUUCAAGUUGCAACUAAGAACUUCAGUGUGAAGUUAGGGCAAGGGGGUUUCGGUUCAGUUUACCACGGCACACUCCCGGAUGGGACACAGCUUGCUGUUAAGAAACUGGAAGGUAUUGGUCAAGGGAAGAAGGAAUUUCGGGCUGAAGUUAGCAUUAUUGGGAGCAUCCAUCACCAUCAUUUGGUGAGGCUUAAAGGCUUCUGUGCUGAAGGGACUCAUCGACUUCUUGCGUAUGAGUACAUGGCAAAUGGAUCCCUAGAGAGAUGGCUUUUCAGGAAAGAUAAAGGGGAAUUCAUGUUAGACUGGGAAACCAGAUACAAUAUUGCCCUAGGUACAGCUAAAGGUCUGGCUUAUCUCCAUGAAGACUGUGAUGUCAAGAUUGUUCAUUGUGACAUCAAGCCUGAGAAUGUGCUUCUAGAUGACCACUUCCUAGCAAAAGUAUCCGAUUUUGGCCUUGCAAAGCUCAUGACAAGAGAACAAAGUUUCGCUUUCACAACAUUAAGGGGUACAAGAGGUUACUUAGCCCCAGAAUGGAUCACAAACUAUGCCAUUUCAGAGAAAAGUGAUGUCUACAGUUAUGGGAUGGUGCUACUUGAAAUCAUCGGUGGCAGGAAGAAUUACGAUCCGUCGGUCAGUUCAGAAAAAUCCCAUUUCCCAACAUUUGCAUUUAAGAUGCUGGAAGAAGGAAAACUUAAGGACAUAAUCGAUGCGAGUUUAAAAGUGGAUGAAGAGGAUGACAGAGUUUCUACUGCAAUCAAAGUUGCUCUUUGGUGUAUUCAGGAUGAAAUGUCACUCAGGCCAUCAAUGGCUAAAGUAGUGCAGAUGUUGGAAGGAAUCAGCCCUGUACAAACACCACCAGCUUCUUCACAAUUUGGGUCGCGACUUUAUUCAGGUUUCUUCAAGUCAACAAGUGAUGAAGGCACUGGCACCUCAUCAGGAGGCCCUUCAGAUACUAACAGUGAUGCUUAUCUUUCGGCCGUUCGCCUCUCUGGCCCUAGAUAG